AGGAGAAAGGUGAAAAAAGUAAGAUUGAGAAAACUAAAAAAAAAAGGGAGAAAAUAAAAUAAAAUUGAAGUAAAAUAGAAAAGAAAAAGAAAAAAAAGAUGAAAGAUAAAUAUGUAUGGAGUUGUUUAGAAUAUUUGAGAUAUCGAGAGACAAAUAAGUAAUUGUGUUAUAUAAAAAAAAGAAGGAAGACUAGUUUUUAAAAAAAAAAGAAAAAAGACAAAGCCCAAAGUAUGUUGGGCCUCCUAAAUAAGCCCAAGAACUUUGUUGAGCCUUUAAUUGACUAUCGACCUUUGCUGGGAUCCUCAGAAAAAAAUUCUUGACCACUCCUCCGUAGAUGAAGAUACUGAGUAUUACAUGCGCAUGAGUGGAGAAGCUCAAAACCAGCUGGAAGAAAAUCUGCAACAUGCACAUUAUUCUGAGGAAAAAGAUACAGGACUCAACAAGAAAUACAACAACGUGGAGUUUUUUAGUGUGGUCAUUGAUGACUCAAUGGAUUUUUCAGAGGAUCGGAUGGAACUUUUACAUGCACCUAGUCCAUUAGCAGUUAAUGCCACAACAUGGAGGUUUUUAGUGUGGUCAUUGAUGACUCAAUGGAUUUUUCAGAGGAUCGGAUGGAACUUUUACAUGCACCUAGUCCAUUAGCAGUUAAUGCCAGCAUAACUGAGGAGGGUUUUUAAGUCUCAAGCAACGGUGAAAUUCCACAUCAAUUUAGUCAAAUUGAGCCCAAUGUUUGGGGUGUGCACAAAGGGAUAUGAGAGAGAAUUUUUUCCUUAAUAAGGAGAAUGAGCCAAAGAAAUACAAGGGAGAAACAGAAUAGCAGGGGUAAAGCAAGCAAUACAAGCAACCAAGCAGUGCCAAAGGAUUGAGAAAUCUCAUUUUUCAUGUGAAAUUCAAAGCGGGUGAGCCAAGGAACAGAGGGAGGAAAUUAAUAAUUUGGAACAAUGAGGGUAAAAAUAGUGUCUUGGAAUGUUAGGGGGUUAAACCAUGAAGGAAAAAAAGGGUUAGUCAGGAAUUUGCUUAAGCCGUGGGGGCAGAUGUUUAUAUUCUUUUGGAUACGAAAUUACAAGGAAACAUCAGCAGUUUAAUUCAUAGCAUUUGGAAUAAUAGAACUUCAUGUAGAGUUCGAAGGGGCUAGUGGAGGAAUCUUAAUUAUGUGGGACAAAAGGAUUCGGGAGGGGCUUUUGGUUGAAACAGGAUCACAAUGCAUAUGCUGCAAAUUUUCAAAUCAGAAUCAGGAAUUCUUUUUGUUGAAGUACCAGAAGAAAGCAAUCUUUUCUUUACAAAAGUGUUAACUGUUUUCUGAGAAGUUAGUUACUAACUGGUUUAACAGUUAUUUGGAAAUUAGUUAGUUAUGGAUAGGUGAGCCUAGAACAAUCCUUUUUCUCACUAUAUAUACAUAUGUGAUGAUAACUCUUUCAACAUAAGAGAGAAUUAAUAAUAAGAAAAUUCCUCAAGUUUCUUCUUCCUCAUCUUCUCUUCUUGCUCUGCUUGCUUUCUGCUUUCUGGUUUCUCUGCUUUCUGAGUUUAUCAACUGAGUUCUUGAUUCAAGAACUCAGAUUAAGUUCAUGGUAUCAAAGCCUUGCAAUUUUGAGAAUCAAGAAUCCCAAUCAUGGCAAAGGUCGUUGGGUUUAUUCCGUAGAAAACAGUAGCUAAAGCUUGAGCAAGAAAUCUCUACAAAUGGCAGCAACACCUACUGAUACAUCCAAUGGUCCAUCAGCUGUAAAUGGAACUCAAGGAGCCAUGGAAAUUGACUACAAUUACCCUUUGUUUCUGCACUUCACUAAUGUAAGUGGUCUUCAGAUCAUUUCUUUUCAACUUACUGGAAUUGAGAAUUUUUCCAUCUGGUUUCGAUCUAUGAGAUUAUCUCUAUUAGGUAGAAACAAAUUGGGGUUAGUUAAUGGCUCUAGUUCUAAGGAUAAGUUUCCAGCUGAUAUGGCUAAUCAUUGGGAGGGGGUAAAUGCUAUUGUAAUAUCUUGGAUCUUGAGUUAUGUGGCUAAGAAUUUAUUAGGUGGAAUCAUGUAUGCUACAAGUGCUCAGGUGGUAUGGAAUGAUUUGUGUGAAAGGUUUAACAAGAUUGAUGGUUCAAGAACCUUCAGCAAUCAUAAAGAAAUUGCAACACUUUCUCAAGGAACUGCAUCUGCAUCUGUUUCAAUAUACUACUCAAGAUUGAAAGAUCUAUGGGAGGAAUUUGAGGCUCUAGUGCCCAUCCCCGGCUGCAAUUGUGAUACUUCAAAAGACUAUGUUGCUCACUUACAAAAGUUAAAAUUGUUCCAGUUUCUUAUAGGACUGAAUGAGGCCUAUAGUCAGGCUAGGAGUCAAAUCCUAAUGAUGAAUCCAUCACCCUCAAUUAACCAAGCAUAUGCAAUGAUCGUAAGUGAUGAAGGUCAAAGAUAUGCAGGAAUUCUUGGUUCUAAUCCUGUGUCUACAGGUUAUGAAUCUGCAAUGUUUUCAAAAGGGGUUGGAUCUAUAGUGUAUAACAAGUCUGGAGUGCAACAGGGUCAGAGAUUUAAGAAAAAUUAUAAUCUGCCAUGUGAAGUGUGCAAAAUUAGGGGUCACACCAAAGAAAACUGUUGGAAAGUGGUUGGCUAUCCUCCCGACUUCAAAUCUAAGAAGUAUGGGCAUAAUGCUGUGUGUAGUGCUGCUGUUGAGUACACAUCUCAGGACAGUUCUGGUGAUAUGCAAGAAUUGAGCAGUGGAAAUCUUAACCAAUUUGUUGAAUCAAAGAUGCAGCUUGGUGGUCAGAUGGUGCAGGCGCCUCAGACUACUCCUUGUGUCUUUACAAAUGAUAAAUAUAAUCAAAUUCUGCAGCUGCUAAACAAGGAGGAACAAACUAAGCAUACAACAUAUUCUACAGAGAUGUUAAUUUCAGGGAAGAUGUGUUUCUAUUCAAACUCACAAACUCAGGAAAUCAACCUCUGACUGCUAAUCAACUCAAUGACACCUUGAUGAGACUUUCACCAGAAAGACCUGCAUAUGUAACAUUUCCACACUUAAUGAAGAUAUUUCACCUCAUACUGAUCAUGGAGAUACUCCACCUCAGCCUGAGCAGGUUCAAGUGCAUCCAGAGAUUCAACAAGCACCUGCAGCAACAAUUAUUCCUCAAUCUGAAAUAGCUACUAGAAGAACAACAAGAGAUAGAAAAGCACCUCUUUGGAUGAAGGAUUUUUUGUCAUUGAAUAUACAUCAGAAUGAACCAUAUGCUAUGAACAAAUUCCUGAACUAUGAUCAACUAUCAAACAAGUAUCAAGUAUUCAUAGCCAACUCUUCCAUGGAUGCUGAACCUACAUGCUACAAUGAGGCUAUCAAGGAUGUAAGAUGGGUAGCAGCUAUGCAGGAUGAGAUUGAAGCACUUGAAAAAAUCAGACUUGGGUGGUCACCAGUUUACCUCAAGGGAAGAAACCUAAAGGGUGUAAGUGGAUAUUCAAGAUAAAGUAUAAAGCUACAGGGGAAGUAGGAAGGUUCAAGGCAAGGUUGGUUGCCAAAGGCUAUAGUCAACAAGAGGGUAUUGAUAUCCAGGAAACUUUUUCACCUGUGGUGAUGAUGAAGACAGUGAGGAUAGUUCUUACUAUUGCAGCACAAAAACACACUGGUUUGUACAUCAAAUGGAUGUAUACAAUGCAUUCUUACAAGGGGAUCUUCAUGAGGAAAUUUAUAUGCAAUUGCCACAGGGCUUUAAGAGUCAGGGGGAGACACAACCAGUAUGCAGACUCUUAAAAUCCCUGUAUGGACUGAAACAGGCUCCUAGGCAAUGGAAUGCCAAACUUUCAGAAGCUUUAGUCAGGAUGGGGUUCAGUCAAAGCCAAUAUGAUCAUAGUCUAUUCGUAAAAAGGACAACUGAAGGCGUGACCAUAGUGUUGGUGUAUGUAGAUGAUAUGUUGAUUACUGGUGAUACAUUAAAGUUGAUUGAAGAUACUAAAGAGAAAGGCAUUCAAGAUAAAAGACCUUGGAGAGUUAAAAUAUUUCUUGGGGAUAGAAUUUGCAAGAUCGGAAAGGGGUAUCUUAAUGCACCAAAGGAAGUACACACUGGAAUUGAUAUCUGAAUUAGGACUUGGAGCAGCUAAACCAGCAGGCACACCUUGUGACACAAAUGUCAAACUCACUGCUAAGGAAUACGAUGAUCACACGUGUAACAGUAAGACAACACCCAGUGACCCUCUGAUAGAUCAACAUGGUUAUCAAAGGCUUAUUGGAAAACUUUUAUACCUUACUAUGACCAGAUCAAAUAUUGCUUAUUGUGUGCAAACUCUCAGGCAAUUCCUUCAACAACCAUAAUCCAUAAAGAAUCAACGAGGGGAAGGGUGAUUUGGAAGAUCGACCUGGGUGUAGUUAUUAUAGAAGUCUUGGACAUAUUUGCGACAUAUACUAUUCUUGAGUUAAGUGUGGUUAUUGUCAUAGGCUUAGAAAGACUAAUUACUCCAGGAUGAAUAGUGCUAUGUCAAAAUUUUCAGAAUGCAUAGAGGAGAUGAAUUAUUGGAUCCCCCUCCCCCCACCCUUAUAUGAAGGGUCAUAUACCUGGAGCAGGGGGGAAGGACAUGCAAUAGCUUCCAGAAUAGAUAGAUUUCUUUAUAUCUCGCAUUGGGAGGAGCAGUUCACUCUUAUCAAACAAUCUACACUACAUAAAUUGGGGUCUAAUCACAACCCAAUUCUUCCGACAUGUGGGGAUAUGAACUUCAAGAAGUCUUAUUUCAAAUUCGAAAAUUGGUGGAUGAGAGUGAACGGUUUCAAGGAAAAGGUGAAAUUAUGGUAGCAGUCCUUUAUAGUAGUCGGAUCUCCAGGUUUUGUUUUAGCAAAAAAGCUGAAACUACUAAAAAAGAAGAUGAAGGAAUGGAGUAAGAACCACAGAAACAACUGGAAAGCACAAAAGUAGGAAAUUUUGGAGGAACUAACCAAAUGGGAACUUGUGCAGGAGCAAAGAGUGUUCACGGAGGAUGAGAUCCAACAAAAAGCAAAUAUGGCAAUUACUUAUACACAAGUGGCUAAGAAUGGAGAGAUAGGGUGGAGACAAAGAUCAAGAAUUCAGUGGUUGAAGCAAGGGGGACAAAAAUACUAAGUUCUUCCAAAGAGUAGCAACUUCUUAUAAGAGGUACAACUCCAUAAAGUUGUCGACGGUGGAUGGAUAACACAUCAAUGAUCUUUCUAUUAUCAAAGAGACCAUAGUAAACUUCUCCCAAAAUCUGUACAAAGAACCAAAAGAGUGGAGAUCAGAGCUGCCAUGUGAUUGCUAGCAUCAGUAGAGAGGAAUAGACAGAACUAGAGAGGCCUUUUAAGGAGUCUUAGAACAUGAGUAGGAAUAAAAAUAGCAUAUAGAAUCCUACUUGAAAAAGGAUUGGAAUGUAGUGUCUAUAAAUAGAGCCUUAAUGUAAUAAUGUAAUUACACAAUUCAGUAAUAAUAUUUUCUCUAGUAUUUCUCACAUGGUAUCAGAGAAGGUUGCUAAGAAACUUAUUGAGAAGAAAACUCAAUCACACAGUCAUCGUGCGACAAUUUUCAGCGAUUGUCAAAGCUAAUUUCAGCCCUCGUCUAUUUUAUAAGUGUUAUGCGAAAACCAACACUACAACGAGGUGCAAAACAUUCAGGUGAGCAAACCCUAGGGAUCGACUCUCAGUUCCGGCGAUCCACACGCCAUCACGUGCCGCUGUGAGUGUCAGAUCUGCGUAACCACGCGCAUCACGCGCCGACACGUGUAGCUAUUUUCAGCCAGGUUCCGACAAGAUUUCUUUCUACAGUGAGGUUGACCCUUCAUUCCAUGCUAUCCCUUUAGCUAUUUCUUGAUUCUAACUAGUUUUUGGCGUCCAUUUCUCAACGAUUGAUUUAUUUUCCAAUGACUAUAAAAAUAAAAAUAUCUGGUAAUUAAUCAUUUUUUUCGCAAUUUAGUUCUAUGAUUAAAUCUGAACCCUUAAUGAGGAGUUCAGAAAAUCAAACGUCACAAAUUAUGAAGAAUCAACGAGGGGAAGGGUGAUUUGGAAGAUCGACCUAGGUGUAGUUAUUGUAGAAGGCUUGGACGUACUUGCGACAUAUACUAUUCUCGAGUUAAGUGUGGUUAUUGUAAUAGGCUUAGACAUACUUGUGGAAUAUAUUAUUCUUUGCAUGGUUGGCCACCUAAAACUGCUUAUUUUGCUCAGUCUAAGUCUAACACCACAAGUGAUCAGUGUGUGUAUUUAUCUGACAAGAAAUAUAAUGACUAUCUUCAGUAUCGAGCAAGUAAGCAUAUAUCUCUACCAAUAGCCUCAACUGCACAAUCUCCUACCUUUGGAUCAUGGGUUGUCGACUCAGGUGCUUCUGAUCAUAUUUCUGGUAAUAAAUCAUUUCUGUCUGGCAUUGUUUAAUCACAAUCUCUUCCAGCUAUUACUUUAGCCAUUAGGAUCUGAACAAUACCAAAAGGAGUUGGACAAGACAAACCCCUAUCUUGUAUCACUUUAGACUUUGUUCUUUAUGUCCCUUGUUGUCCUUUUAAUCUUGCAUCUGUCAGUCGUUUGACACGUGUCCUUCAUUGUAGUAUAACUUUUUUUGAUUUUUCUUUUAUAAUGCGGGACCACAGUACGGGACACACGAUUUGCACAGGACAUGAAUCAUAAGGCCUUUACCAUCUUACCUCUUUAAAUUCCUUCACAGCAUGUUCCGUUACUGACCAUCUAGACCUUAUUGACAAACGUUUGCGCCAUCGGAGUCUAUCCAAAUUACAAAAGAUGGUGCCUAGUUUAUCUACAUUAGAUUGUGAGUCAUGUCAACUUGGGAAACACACCUGUGCUUCAUUUUCACAUAGUAUUGAGAGUUGUUCAGAGUUUAUUUUCUCCAUAGUUCAUUCUGAUAAUUGGGGUCCUAGUAGAGUCAGUUCACCCUUAGGAUUUUGUUACUUUGUUAGUUUCAUCGAUGAUUUUUCAAGAUGCACUGGGGUUUUCUUAAUGAAGGAUCGUUCUGAGUUAUUUCUAUAUCAAAAGUUUUUGUGCUGAAAUACAAAAUCAAUUUGGUGUUUUUAUUCGUACUUUUCGUAGUGAUAAUGUCUUGGAAUACUUAUCCUCUUAGUUUCAAGAGUUUAUGACUCACCAUGGAAUUAUUCACCGGACAUCAUGUUCAUACACCCCUUUGCAAAACAGUAUAGUAGAAAGGAAAAAUAGGCUUCUCAUUGAGACUGCUCGCACUCUUCUCAUUGAAUCCUAUAUUUCGCUGCGUUUUUGGGGUGAUGCAGUUCUGACAUCUUGUUGUGUCAUUAAUAGUAUGUCUCAUCUUCAAUUCAAAAUUAGGGUUCCCAUUUUAUAAAAUUUCCUCAGUCACAUCUUUACUAUAUCCCCUCGUGUUUUUGGGAGCACAUGUUUUGUUCAUAACUUAGCCUCAUGAAAAGAUAAAUUCGCGUUUCGUGCUCUCAAAUGUGUCUUCCUUGGUUACCCUCGAGUUCAAAACGGGUAUCGAGGCUAUUCACCUGAUCUGGGUCGCUACUUUAUAUUCGCCGAUUUCACAUUUUUUUUAGUCUCAACCUUACUAUACAUCUUUUGAUCAUGAUAUCUCUGAGGUCUUACUCAUUCCUCUAGUAUUACCCACACCAAUCUUUAAGGAAUCUACGAUUAUUUCUACAUCUCCAGCUGCAAUGCCACCACUUUUGACAUAUCAUCGCCUCGCUCGUCCAUCCUUAGUCCCAGAUGAUUCAUGUCAUGUGCCUGAAACUGCCCCUGUGGACUUGCCUCCUCCUAACCAAUUAGUUGCACUUUAAAAAGGUAUAAGAUCCACUCUUAAUACUAACCCACAUUAUACUUUCUUGAGUUAUCAUCGUCUAUUGUCACCCCAUUAUGCUUUUGUAUCAUCUUUGUCCUCGAUUUCCAUUCCCAUUCCUAAGACUACAGGUGAAACACUUUUCCAUUUAGGAUAGAAGCAGGCUAUGAUUGAUGAAAUGUUUGCUUUACAUACGAAUAGUACUUGGGAUCUUGUUUCCCUUCCUGUUGGUAAAUCUACUGUUGGUUGCCAUUGGGUUUAUACAGUCAAAGUUGGUGCAGAUGGUCAAGUUGAUGCUUAAGGCUCGUCUUGUUGCCAAAGGAUAUGCGCAGAUAUUUGGGCUUGAUUAUACUGACACUUUAUCUCUCGUGGCUAAAACAGCAUUUGUUCGUCUUUUUCUAUCUAUGGCUGCCAUUCGUUAUUGGCCUUUUUAUCAGUUGGACAUUAAGAAUGCUUUUCUGCAUCGUGAUCUUACGGAAGAAGUUUAUAUGGAGAAACCAUCUGAUUUUGUUGCUCAGGAGUCUAGUUGCCUUGUAUGUCAAUUGGCGCAGGUCACUCUAUGGUCUAAAACAGUUCCCUCAAGCCUGGUUUGGGAAAUUUAGCACAGUAAUUCAGGAGUUUGGCAUGAGUCGUAGUAAAGCUGAUCACUUAGUGUUUUAUCAGAAUUUUGAAUCAAAUCUGUGUAUUUAUUUAGUGGUCUAUGUUGAAGAUAUCAUUAUCACCGGCAAUGAUUUAGAAGGUAUCACUAAUUUGAAGCAACAUCUCUAUAAGCAUUUCCAGACUAAGGACCUCGACAGACUAAAAUAUUUUCUUGGCAUUGAGGUUGCUCAGUUCAGAUCAGGCAUUGUCAUUUCUCAACACAAGUAUGCCUUAGACAUUCUUAAGGGGACGAAUGAUGAGAUGUAGACCUAUUGACACUCAUAUGGAUCCAAAUGCUAAACUUCUGCGGGGGAGCCACUCAGUGAUCCUGGAAGGUAUAGGCGGUUGGUUGGAAAGUUGAAUUAUCUCACAGUGGCUAAACCUGACAUAUUCUUUCAUGUAAGUAUUAAAUCAGUCUAUGACUUUCCGCUGUGAUAGUCAUCACAUUGAGAUGCAAUUGCUCCUAUUUUGCUAUAUAUAAAGUCAUCUUUAGGUAAAGGACAACUCUUUGAGGAUCGAGGCCAUGAGCAUAUCAUUGGAUAUGCAGAUACUGAUUGGGCAGGAUCACCUUCUGAUAGACGUCCUACUUCCGAAUAUUGUGAUUUAGUAGGAGGUAUUUGGUGUCUUGGAAGAGUAAGAAACAUAGUGUGGUUGCUCUAUCUAUUGGAAAAACAAAAUAUCGAGCAAUGGUUGUAAUAACUUGUGAGCUAGUUUGGAUCAAAUAGUUGCUGAGAGAACUAAAAUUUAGAGAAAUCAGUAAGAUGGAACUUGUAUGUAACAAUCAAGCAGCCCUUCAUAUUGCAUCAAAUCCAGUGUUUCAUGAGAAGACUAAGCACAUUGAGAUUGAUUGUUACUUUGUCAGGAGAUGUUGUUACAAAAUUUGUCAAGUCAAGUGAUCAACUUGCGUAUAUCUUCACUAAGUCCCUCACGGUCCUUGUCUUAAUUACAUUUAUAACAAGCUAGGUACAUAUGACUUGUAUGUACCAGCUAGAGGAGGACUGAUAGAAGAUGAGUAAGAAAAAGAAUAACAUAUAGAAUCCUACUUGAAAAAGGAUUGGAAUGUGGUGGUUAUAAGUAGGGCUCAAUGUAAUAAUGCAACUACACAAUUCAAUAAUAAUAUUUUCUCAUUUCUCAUAAGGAGGAAGAGAUUUUGGGAUGCAUAAAGCUUUGCGUAAUGGAGAAAGCUCCUGGGCCUAAUGGCUUCCCAUGUCUUUCUACUUAUCUUUCUGGGAAAUACUGAAGGAGUACAUCAAGAAGUUACCCAGGCAGACAGAAGACUGAUAAGAGUUUCAAUGCUACUUUUGUAGCACCAAUUCCCAAGAAAGCAGGUGCUUUUAAACUAAAAGUUUUUUGGCAUAUUAGUCUAAUUAUGAUUUUUGGCCUAUUAGUCUAAUUACUGGUGUCUACAAGGUGAUAACAAAAUUACUUGCAGAAAGGCUGAAAAUGGUGAUUGAUAAGCUUGUCAACCAGAAUUAGAUGACCUUUAUUAAAGGAAGACAGGUAAUGGAUGUUGCUCUCAUUGCAAAUAACCUGCAAUGACCGUGCAGACUGCAAAUUUCAGAAUGAAAGGGAAUAACCAGAGGUGAUGAUGUGCAAACUGGACAUUGAAAAGGCAUAUGAUCAUGUUAGUUGGAGUUUCCUGUUGAAUACUUUGAGGCAGAUGAGUUUUGGUGAGAGAUCGAUGGAUGGAUAGUGUUUGGUAUAGGCACAAUGAGAUUCUCCAUCCUUGUAAAUGGUAAACCUGUCAGUUUCUUCCCAUCAGGAAAAGGAAUUAGAUAGGGUGACCCUCUAUCACCCUUUCUAUUUAUCUUGGUAAUGGAGGGGUUUGACAGCUUGAUGAGAAUUGCUAUUUAGAAUAGGUGGAUCAAAGAAUUCCAAAGAAAUGGAAACAAUGGAUACUACAGAGAUUUGUCAUCUACUCUAUGCCGAUGACACAUUGAUCUUCUAUGAGCCUCAGGAGGAGCAACUAAAAUGCAUCAAAAUAAUUUUAUUGUUUUUUGAAGCUUUUGUAGGUCUGAAAGUUCACUGGGGAAAGAGUAGCUUAUUUCCAAUCAAAGAGGUGAUAAACAUCCCGAGGCUAGCAGAGAUCUUGGGAUGCAACGUAGCGAACUUGCCCACAACCUAUUUAGGUAUGCGUUAGGUAACAAACACAAAGAUGUGGAGAUAUGGGACAACAUAGUAGAAAAGACUGAAAAGAGGCUGGCCAGAUGGAAGGCACAAUAUUUUUCCCUUGGAGCCAGACGUGUCCUUAUCAACUCUUUCUUAGACUCUCUAACAAACUUAUGUUAUGUCCUUUUUCCCCUUGCUUACCAAGGCGGUAAAACAACGGGACAAGUUGAGAGAUUUUCUUUGGCAUGACGGCAAAGAAAAGGAUACAAUUUGGUCAAGUGGGAGAUAGUUAUGUAACAAAGAAAGAGGGGGUAUGGGCAUUAGAGAUUUGAAGCAUAAUAAUUGUUUAUUGGUGAGGGGGUAUGAAGCAUAAUAAUUGUUUAUUGGUGAAAUGGUUGUGGAGAUAUAAUGAGGAGAGACAAUCCCUGUGGAAAGACUUUAUUAAAUACAAAUAUGGGGAGAAUGGGUUUGGGUAUAGUAAUGUAAGUACUGAACCUUGUGGAGUAGGGGUGUGGCGAUAUAUUAGAAACCUAUGGUCUAAGUUCGAACCAAAUUUGCAAAUCAAUGUAGGGGAUGGCAGGAGAACUAGGUUUUGGUGGGGAUGUCCGACUCUUACAGACCCCACUAAAAAUCAUGUUUCUGAUUUAUUCAUCUUACCAGUCGCAUUAGGCUCGUGUUGAGCCUAUACCUAAGCCAUAAUGAACUUUGUAUUUGUAAACUUUACUUUCUCCAUCUCAUUUUAUGUGGCACAAUAUUUAAGAAAAAAAGAAGAGUCUUGAAUCUUGUGGUGUAAAAAGUUCUUACAUAUUUGUGUGGUUGUAAAUCAUUUCAUUAAGGGUAAAAGUGGAAUUUUAAAGCUUGUUGUUUCUAAUUAUAGUAAGGUAACAUUUCUGUUGGGAUGGACUAAAAAGAAAAGCGUGUCACGUAAAAUGAGAAGGAGUGAAUAUUUUUUGUCUUGUUGCGAUUCUUGUUUUUUAUUUCAUUUUUAUGACAUCAUAUUCGGGGUAAGGUGAAGAUGAAGGUGGCAGAGAUGAGAAUGCUUCGGUGGAUGUGUGGGUGUACUAGAAAAGAUAUGAUUAUAAAUGAGGUUAUUCGGGAUAAGGUGAGAGUGGCUUCGAUAAAAGACAAGAUGAAGGGAGCAAGGUUGAGAUAGUUCGGUCAUGUGCUACGGAGGAGCACAGAUGCCUUAGUGCGGAGGUGUGAGAGUUGGUUAGGAAUGGUUUCAAGCGAGGUAGAGGUAGAACGAAGAAAUAUUGGAAGGAGGUGAUUAGACAUGACAUGGAGCAGUUUUAACUUACCGAGGACAUGACCCUAGAUAGGAAUUUGUGGAGGAGGCGAAUUAGGGUAGAAGGUUAGUCUGAGUUAGGAUGUUGUAUGUUUUGGUGUUUACUUGGAGUAACUUGCUUUUGGUAUUAUUGAAUAUGUUAAUUUCAAUUGUAUCUUGCUCUAUUACUAUUUCUUAUCUUAUCUUGGAUUGCUUUAUGUUGAGUCGGGGGUCUAUCGGAAACAACCUCUCUAUCUCACAUUUGAGGUAGUGGUAUGGACUGCGUACACUUACCCUCCCCAGAUCCCACUUGGUGGGAAUAUACUGGGUAUGUUGUUUGUUUGUGAUGACAUUCAAAGUAAUAUAAUAAAUAUUCAAUAUACUAAUUAUUAUAUGAUAACAUCACUAAAAUUAACCUAUAAAUAAAGAUAAAAUUUAAUUUAAAUAAUUAAAUGACUUGAUUCAACAAAAUACUUUUGCAGAUGUUCCUUCAUAUUAAACCAUACAAACGAAAUUGAAAAAUUAAUGAUUUUCUUUAAACUUUAAUUGUUUCUUUUCCCUAAAAAUAAGAAAAGCCGUAUUUUUUUCUUCAUUUAAUUUAUUUAUUUAGGAAAUUUAUAUUGAUAUUUCCUAAACGUGUAUGAAGCUUUAAUAUUUCAUGUUUAAAUUAACCAUUUUAUCCUAAAUUAUAUAAAAUAUUGACUAUCCUAUUUUUUGUUAAAAAUUUCAUUUUUAAAGUGUGAAAAAGAAUCACUCUCAUUUUCAAUUAUUUAAUAUCAUUUUUUUUUAAUUUCCCAAGGUAUCCCCACAGCCGGCAGCCGUAAGAUUAAUCCUCCGUUCCUCUGUCAGCGCACUAAGCGGUAGGGAACUGGCCACAGAGUUUGCUCCAUUCGCCAGAGGCGGGGAUCGAACUCUCGACCUCUUGCUUAAGGGACAUGGCGCUGAACCACCAUGCCAACUCUAGUG